AAGCAUUUUGAAGAAACAAUCGCAACUGACAAAAGCAGCCGACGGUUUCCAACGCACAACAACGCCUCGCUACCAGCUCAACCUUUGCACCGAAAACGCUUGUCUAUUUGUGGUUGAAUUAUAUUUUCUAUUCAUUUUACUCACCGACGUAACGCAUCAGCAAUAUACCCACAGCACGCCACAUGAACCAGUAACAAAACCUGUUGUGUGUAUUACACGAAAACCCAUGCCAUCAUGUCUUCCGGCACAGCGUUCAAAGAACAGAUCAAGAAAGUACGCCGGGAGAUACAGCUUUCGUGCGAUUCGAAAUCGUUGCUGCGGGCAUUGAAGGACACUCAGCGCUGUUUGGAGGGAUUGGCGGGCGAGCCCAACUACAAGCUCUGUGUGGCCCACCUCGUAAAGGAGCUAGUCGAUUGGGUUGGGCUUAAGGAAGAUCGGGACUGGGAGACGGCCGCCGGCAAGGCUUGCCGGUCGUUGUUCGAGGAGUUUCUGCACGCUUGCCACGAUGCGGAGAAAACGACACGGUGCUUCCUGGUGGCCCGACUGUACAAUGCGUUCGUGGCGCUCAACCGGAAAGAUAGCUGCCGGUGGACGAAGCUACACAUCGCUCGGCUAAUGAGCUUGUUUGCGAUCGAGGAUGAGCAGGCGGAUCUGUACGCACGGGUCAAGCGGGCCGUGCUUAAGACGGUACACGAGAUGGCAAAAAGCGCCAACGCGGAAGAGAUCGAACACGGUGCCGAUUUGUUGAUAGAAAUGCAGCGCAAACUGUUGGUACACGAGGCGGGUAAGCCACGAACAGCCGAUGGCAUCCGUCAAUCGGCGCUGGACCUAUUCCGGGAAGUGUUCGACAACGGGAUGGCCAUACUCUGCCGAUUGCAUUCCGUCAGUCUGGCAAAAGCGAAACAGCUGUACCAAACCAUUAUGGACACGAUGCUGAAUAUCGUUAAGCCGGACGAGCAGGAGCUGAUCAGCUUGCUAGGAGAUGCCGUUGGCUAUCUGGAGACCAUUCUAGCGUACGCCGUGGGAGACAAUGCGAACUACUGUCAGUUUGCCGGAUUCCUCGCCAUAUUCGAAGCCAUUCGUAGCGAACCGUAUGCCAACUGUUACACGCUGAUACGACUGUCGGUGAAGCUCGUCAAACAAGAGCAACCUACGGCACGACAGCUCGAGGAAAUUGCCGCGACUGUUCGCGCACUGCUCGCAACGUUUGCUUCCCACCAGCUAGUGGUACGGGUAGCCAUAUUCCUCACCUGUCAGUCCAUUCCCCAUUUGUGCCGGUUGCCGCAGGAGCUAGCGCUGAGCGUGUCACAGUCAGUUAUAAGCUUGUUUGAAGCACUCUUGCACUUCGUGCGGCACUGUCCAUCGGACACGGUGCCCGAGAUUUGUCGCGCGUGCACAAGCUCCCGGCGCCACCUGGCCAUCAAGCUGCUGAGCAUGCUGAUGCAUUUUAACAUCGUGCAGGCAAGGGAUGCGGCCGACCAAAAGCCGUACGAGGGCAAGCUGUCCUACUCGGUGAGUCGCGGGUGCGACCUGAUCAAGCGUAAGCUAACCCUGCUCGAAGAGCUUGCCUGUGAGCGAAAGCGAUCCCUGAUCGAGAGCUCGAUGCGUUACAGCGUCUCCUGGCUGAAGUACGUCAUAACGCUCCAGUGCAAGCAGGAGGCGCAAGUCGCCGAGGAGGUGGAAGAAAUUGUGCAAAUGCUGAAGCUAAUCAUAGGCGUGCAGAAUCGCUACCGUUUUGAGUUCCUGUCCGAUAUGCAUCUGGUACGACUGCUGGAUAGUACCCACACCGACCAAGCCGGUUCGAAUGCGUCCGCCUCUUGCUGGCCGAACGUAAGCGUUCGUUUGCUUCGGCUGCUGCUAACGUUACGUGAUUCAUCGGCUGCGGCCGCAUCGAGCGAGGAGCACACAGCAUCAGUCAGCGCGAUCGUACGAUCGAUUAUGUGCUACCAGGUCAACGCACCGGAGACGGAUCCGAUACGUUCGCUUACCGUUUUGCAGCUGUUCGAGCAUCCGUCGUUCGAUCGGUUCGGAUUCGCGUUCGACUGUGUGCCGACGAGAGCGGAACAGUUCACCAUACUGGCGGAGGAAAUGGCACUGGUGUCUAAGUACAAAACGUCCAACUCGCUGCCGGUCUGGGAGUACAUGGAGCAGCUGGCCCAGGUGGGCGAUAUUCGCGAACACUGUCUUACCUUCGGGAUGGCGCUGCACGGUUUUAGCGAGAAUGAUGCCGCAAAGCUACCGGAGUCGAUGAUGGAUACGCUGCUCGAUGCGUUGAAGCAGUACCGGCCGGCAAACGCACUCGAACGCGUGAAACGGUGCGCCUCCCUGGCCAUCGUUUCCUACCACACGUUCACCUUGGCCGGCCGGUCGACGUUGAACCGGUGGCGAGACAUCCCAUUCAAGGUGGAGCAGCUGCGCAACGGUCAAAUUGACGAGAUCCUGCUGGAGAAUCAGCUCGAUCGCGAAGCACAGCUAGUGGGACGGCUGGAAGCGAUACGGAAGCACUACGGCGAGCUGAUGGCAGCCCUGGAGGCGGACAACUUUCAAUCCCUGUGGGUACUGCCGUCGAUAGCGCAGAUUUCUAGCAUACUGGACAAUACGGCCCGCCUGUACCAUCUCAACUAUCAUCCCCAUCGGGCGGUAGAGUUGCAGCUGUUGAAUUUGCUGCUUGUCUCACAGCGACGCGACGUGCGGCCGCUUGAUCAGUGCGCUUCGUUGGCAUUUCUGCUGGAACAGCACCAACUGGCGGACGUACAGCUGAAGGAGAGGAGGCGAAACAACCCAAACGCCGUCCAAAAGCAUGCCGGAGGCUCGCUGGAAUUGGUGGAGUACCUGGCAAAGCGGGCCACAACCUUGCUGCAUCCUCCGGGUAGCAUCGACGAUGUUCCGGCCAACCGUAAAUUUCAGCUGUUAAAUCUCUAUCUUGCGCUCGCGGUGUACCUCGCUUCCGUGGGCGAACUGGCACCGGCGCUCCGGCUCAUACAGCGAGCUCUAGAUCAUGUAAACCAGUCAACCAAUGUCGAUACGAUCGCCCAACUAUUCCAGGGGCGGACGGCGCAAAUUCUCUUCCGCCUGACGGUUGAGCACGGACUGCCAUGGCCCGAAUCCGUACCACCGCUCGCGUUCAUGAAGCGCAUGCUGGCCAGCUUUAACGAUCUGCAGAAAAUUUCCUCCGAGCACACGUUUACGCUUUCGCUGGCCACGGUCGAGAUGACGAUCGAGGUGCUGCAGCAUCUGAUCGUGCGGUACGAUACGGGGCCGCUGAUCGAGCCGCACGUGGAGCAGCUGCUAAAGUUUGUGAUGCGCAGGGGAGCCGGGUUGCGCGUGAUGCAAUUGCUGCUGCUGUACGGGCAGAUGUGUGCCGAUAUGCAGAAGCUGGAUCGAUGCGAGGUCAUACUGGGUUACCUAGACCGUUUGCUGAUGUUGCGUCCGAUUCUAUCCGCGGGAAACAGGGAAAAGGGCAUGUUGAUGGACCAUGUAACACGGGCAGGAGAUGGUGGACACCACAAAGCCAUCAACAGUGCGCCACUCGGCACGCAAAGCGUCGUUCAGGAUUUGGUGGACGUGGAGCGAGAAGCGGCCCCCAAAAAUAGAAUCAUUCCCAAAAUCGCUGCAUUGGGCGUAGCUAUCGGGAACGAAACAGUUGUUGAACAGUAUCUUAUGUUCCAUCACGCGCCUGGUUGCGAUUGCCGCUACUGUAGCUACCCACAGUACAAAUCGAUGGCGUUUCAAACGGCCGCCCUCGCGGUGAGACUCGCCGUCCUGCAGCGUACCCAGCCGACCAACUAUAUCGAACGUUCCUACGCGACGCUGUGCGAGCAUUGGCGGACGCAAAUACAUCCAAACUCUGUCCGCCACUGGAACGUCCCGGCCUACCGAACGGAUCUGACCGUGACCAUGAUACGGACGCUUCUGCAGAGGGGACAGUUUUUGGUCCGCCAGGAGCAUUACGAGGCAGCCCGGGAAGCGUACCGGUGGGCCUCCGAACUUACCGUACCAGGCACCGAUCCGGCACUGUCUGCCGAUGUACAGUACAACGCAAAUGCGCUAGCAAUGCUGAUGCAUCGUCCCGUUCGUACAAAGCGAAGUCGUUCGAUGAUUGAAGCACGCUAUACAGAAUUGCUUGCCAGGUUGGGUAAGGCAAGUAGCGGUAGCAGCUCCCCGGACAUGGCCUUGCUGACCACAAACCUGAGCAACUUGAUGGUCAAAACUCCCAAAUCGGAUCCGAUCGCAUAUGGUGGGCGCACGGCAGCGGCCCGAGCGCCGCCCAAAACGGUUGAUCGUGUGAAUGAGCUGAUACGGCAGGCUGCCUCACGACGCCAUCAGCUGAAAACAUCCGGUCCGGAUGCGCUGCUCGUACCGGAUGGGACCAUCCCGAGUCGGACGUACUCUGCGUCGGCACGCAAACCUAAGACGGUGAACAUUUUCGUCGAUUCUCCACCGAAUCGGCCCGGGAGGGCUAAUGCGGUUCCGACGACGGUUGGAAAAGCGAUAAAACCUACAGGUACGAAGCUUAAGUCGAAGGCAUUGGAGCCCGAACUGGCGGAUCCGAUGGAAGAAGGGUGCGAGAGUAGCAAAGAUGCAAAGUUACCGGAAAGCAGUCGGCGUGGAGAAAAACGUGAAAUGGCCAAUCUACCACGGCCCGAAACUGAUCCAGUGACACCGAAACGGGCAACGGAUUCGUAUAAGGAUGCUUUGCUGAUCGGAACUCCUGCCAGCACACUAGUAUCAACUCGCCCUAAUAAAACCGGUAAUAAAACGGCCGGCCGUAAGGUUCGCCGCUUGGUGGUGGAAGAUUUUCCCAGCCUAAGCGAAUCGAGUGACACCGACGCGUCUACGAAAACGCCCCGUGCGACAACACACAAGCCCCCCACUUCCGACAGUCCGGCACUGAAUGGAUCGUUUCGCGAUGUGCUGGUGCUCGGCGAUGCGGCGAAAAAGCACGACAGCAGCGUUGUGAUCGUGCUGGACGAUUCGGCGAACGAUAGUGGCCGCCAGUCGGACGAGGCAAUCGAAACCAGCUUCGAUCACAGCCACGCCGUGUCGGCAGACAAGCGAACGGGGCUUUCGCUCAAAACCUAUUCCGAUCGAAAGCGCUUGCUCGGCAGUGGUGGUGGGCCGUUGUCCGCAUCUUCCUCAUCGGCUGCCCGGUUGGCGGCCGCCAAGCGAAGAACGCCAUUGCUGGCAACGAAAACCAAACUACGAUUUGAUGAUCCCAGCCCGGAGCGGAUCGUUUGUGGCGGUGGUAAUGACGGCGUGAAGAAGCAGCACCAGACAGAGACCAGCGUAGUAGUAGUUAGCGAGCUUGAUGGCAAAAAGCAAAUAAUAGCAAAUAAUAACGUUGCAAAGGAUACAGCUUUGGACGAAAAAUCCAACGGACGUUCGCGGACGAAAAAAGCCAUGGAUCCACCAGUUCCAACCAGUAUCGAACCGGCAAAGGUGGAACCGCGCAUGAGCACUAUCGCUUCGCGCACCAGACAGCGUCGCAAGCGGAUCUGAGAGUGAUGAGGAAGAUUAUUUAUAUGCCAGCCUUGUUGUACUUUCCUGCUCGAGACCAAUGUUUCUAUUGUAUUUUAUUGUUAAGUAGUGUUCGUAGCAUCACUGAACUGAAAACUAUCGUUUUUAAGGCAAAUCGAUAAGAGAAAUAAACGACCAAAAUGAAUUUACCUCCAAACCACUCGAUAGUGUGUG